CGGCACACGACAACGACGAGGCAUCCAAAAGGAGCAUGCAUGCAUGCAUCACUUGUGUGCAUCCUUCCUUCCCACCUCGCCACCAACCAUCAGCCAACAUCUUGAUUUGUCGCAGUCACAAGCCUCUUGCUGGAGCACGACUGAGCUCACAGGGACGCGAUACACUCAAGACUCUCGCUCACCACUCAGUCGCAGAGACAGCUCUUCCAAGAGCCCUCUCGCUCGUGACUUUGGCUCUCUCAUCCACCCCUUUACACCCCGCUAGCGCCAAUCAACAUGUCGCUGACCAUCGAAGCCAACACGCCAGCUGCGCAAGCUCUUCAAACCUCCAUCCAGUCUCACCUGGCAAGUCGGGGUUGGGCAGAUAAGGAUGACGAGGUGAUGGCAGAGUACGUGGUGGUGAUGCUCAGCAACUCGAAAUCCGUGGACCAAGUCACUGCGGAAAUGGAAGAGAUCAUUGGCAACGACUUUGACCCGCGCAAUUUUGGCAAAUGGUUGGAGCAGGAGAUGUGCAGAGGCGCAAGAGACGCGAAUCAGCGAGACGUAGUGGGCAGUAGUGGAAGUAGCAGCAGAGAGGCGCCAGAGAUCGUGGAGAGCAUACGUAGCGGUGGCACAGAUGAGCAGAGGAGGAGCAGAAGCCCGAAAGCCGAGCGCCGAAAGCAAGAACUGGGCUACGAUCAAGGACCCUUUUCAGGCGAGCGCAGGCGGAGCAGAAGUCCUCAGAGAUCAAAAUUCGGCAGGCGGACAGAUACGUACCGGCCGGGAGCGGCCCAAGACAGGAAUCGUCGCUUCGACUUCUCCAACGGGCAAUUGCGAGAUGAUCAUUUCAGGUCUGGUCCAGGGCUCAGAGCCUGGGGCGGCCAAGACCACUCAGCCAGGGACCAGCAAUACCCGCAUGAACAUCUACCGGGCGAAGGAAAUCGCACCGCGAUGGACUCGCCCGCUUUCGCUUCGAUGCCCGCUGUUCGGCAACCACCACAGAGCGAUGAAGAUGCCGCCAUGAUGAGCACCUCGCCACCUACAGGCCCUCGGCAGCUGAGGGUGCGGGGGGCUGCAGGUGCUGGUGGGGCGCUCUUCGCCAGGGCCAUGGCUGGUGCUCCUCAUCAAGACAAAGCGGACAUUUCGGGUGCUCAAUCUGCGCCUUCAAUCCUUUCGCGCUUCGGGGUUCCGGAUCCACGAGCUGGCAUUUUUGAGCCAGCUCAACAGACGAUUCCCGCUCAGCCUGCUCAACACUACGUCGCACGUCCGGGCGUAUGGGCCCCUCAAACAAGCACCAAUGGCUCGUCUGCUCCCCUGCUCCAACGUCUCGAUCCAAUGCUACCCAACAACCAAUUCUCGUCGUCGGAUGCGAUGAGCGUCGAUGAGGGCCAGCCAGUUCAACAUUCUUCCGACUGGCCUAGUCAACCGGCAUCCUCCGGACUGUGCAGGUACGGACUACAAUGCACCAAUCCGAUGUGCUCAUUCGCGCAUCCUUCUCCAUCUGCAGCAUCAGCAAAGGGAGGUCCUGCAGCCAACGCCCAGUCCGAAGACCCCUUGGUCCUCGACCCCACUCCUUGCAAGUUUCAGGCUUCGUGCACCAAAAGAGAUUGUUCGAGGAGUCACGUUAGCCCUGCACAGCUCUUCCUAGGUGGACGCAACAAUGCGAGCGCAUCAACUCUCAGCGUCGAUCUAUCUCAGACUCCAUGCAAAUUCCAAGCAGCCUGCACGAAUGCAAAAUGUGCCUACGCGCACUUUGAUCCGAACACUGGAGCAGCUGGACCCAGUCCUGCUGCCCGUACGCUCGCGACUACACCAACGACGCCAGCCGAGUUCAGUCCCGCCAAUGUGCCCUGCAAAUUUGGUUCGGCUUGCACCAGAGCGGAUUGUAAGUUUGCGCACGCGCAAGCACGUGACGAGCCACCGGGUGGCGAGGCAAAGUGCCGAUUUGGGGCUGGGUGUACGCGAGGUGAGUGCGGGAAUGAGCACGCGAAUGCCAGGUCAUGCAACUUUAUUAUCAUUACGCUGAAUUUGGCGUCUUAUGAUGACACCCCACAAUGUUCAGCCGACUGCCGCUUCGCGCAUCCUCUCGGUCGAGCGAUAGAUAUCGCGGGCUACUCGGGCUUGUCCAAUGGCUCGAUUGGUGCGCGUCCGAUCGAUGCGGAUGCCGAAUUGGCUGCUCGUCGGACGCAGCGCUUCGGCGUCAAUUCCGGUUCUGGGCAGUUCAGCGAGGACGCGCUCAAGGAUGAAGAUGGACAACCACGGAUUCAGGACGCGGAGGACGACGACAUCGAACUUGUUUUGCCCGGCUCUGGUGGAAACACCUCGGGCACGACGGACAGGAGGUCCGUCCAGCCUGUUGCCUAAGCUUUUGGUUGGCGCAGCUCGUGCCCGGCGAACGGUUGGUCGACGGCGGGAGGUUGCCGCCUUGUUAAUUUAAUACAACUCCUUUUCAGAGGCGCAACUCCGUCUUGCCGUCAGUCUGGUCUGAUCUGAAACUCGGCCGUGCGCCCGUCUCCAACACACUGCAUUGACGCCUCGACAACUUUGCUUGAUCUCGGAUCUCGUCCAAUCGUCCACCCACCUGACGGUCCUGUUCUCAGGAUACACAAGGACUUUGUCUCUCGCACUGACGCCGAAGGCACGUGGUCAGUCAGCCCAACUUCGGGACACU